AUGGACAAGUCGGCAGCUCAAGACGCCGUAGACAGCAUCCACGAUGAUCCCGACUCGAAUCCUCCUAUCAUGGGGCGGAGCACGCAGCACAGACGGAUUAUCCUCACAGCACUGGCGAAAUGGCUCGUAACUGUCACAUUGGCCGUGUCCGUAUACCUCGUUCUCUGGAGUUAUUCCAGCAGGAUCGCCAUGGCUAGCGACAAGAAGCGGGAGUUCAAUGUCGUCAUGACAGGGCUGUCCAUAGGUCUGGGGUUGAGCACCGCCAGCUCGCUCAAGGCCAUGGUAAGAGAACUGCGUUGGUGGCUGCUAAGCCUACGACAAUACUCGUCCAAGGAGGCCGAGCUUAUAUUGAACAGCGAACACCUUAGCUGCAUGAUACAGUUGGGGUGGAUAUCGCGUGAUUGGAUCGUGCGGUCGUUUGUCCUGUUCUGGCUUUCCAUCAACUUGGCCGCGCAGAUUGCCGUCGCAACAAUCGGAUUGACGUACAAUGUGGACUCUUCGGAGAUAAUCGCUGUGACGGCUCCGGGGAUGGUGUUUGUGCCAAACCUGUCUUCUAUUGGGGACGUGAAACCAGAGACUGCUAGUCCCGAGCAGCUGCGGUAUAUCGCCAAGACGCAUGGAUCAUAUACCGAUCAUAGUGUCCGCUUGGGCAUGGACGAGUACCUGCCGCGUCCUGGCACUAUCGAGAGCAUGAAGCAGCCCAACAUAUUUAGCGAUAGGGACUCAACCCGACAUACAUAUGUUUUUUACGAGGCAACCGUAUAUAACGCGUCUGGGAGACAGCCAGGCGAAACGCGGGUGGCGACGAAUCGCUCCAUAACUUUUUUGACGACUUGUAGCAGCCAUAAGGUCCUCAAUGAUGACGCCUGGAACACGACAGUCACCCUCGAUGAUGGCCACAAGACUCGUAUCGGGCUUCCCAACUCCAGCGGUUUGAACCAAACGCUCUUCAUGACCGACUCAGAACAGCCGGACCUGACGACUAGGUGGAGCAUUAUCAAUGUCCUCGAGGCGUCGUCAACGGACUCGUGGCACUAUAGGUGCAAUGUUUCCGCCGAGCACGUCACUAAUGCUGUGCUGGUAGAGCACGAAGUCAGCGACUUCGUCGCGACGGUGGCCUCAGCGGCCAUCGCACUUCAGGGAUUUGGUGCUGCUUUGAACGCAGCGAACUGCAGCAGGUCCCGGGAUCAGUUCCAGAGCUACCCGUUCAAAUCCUACUACGGGGGCCCGCAGCAAGGUAACGGGGCCGCGUUGGCCUGGCGCAUGUCGCUGUUUGCAGCAGGCUUUAUCGCAAGCGUCGCUGAGUCCAACUAUCUUCAAAUGGUCCCCGGUCUAGCCCCCUUGGAUACAGUUGUUCUUAAGCUAUUCGAUUGGGGGUAUGUGCAUCUUAACCUCGGACUCAUCGUGGGACUACAGCUGCUGCUCGCCGCUGGGACGCUUGGGGUCGUCACACGCCAUUGCCACCCACCACCGCAAAUACUAGACACGGCCGACAAUCAACGUUCGACUCAAACAAACUCCUGGUCGUACAUUGACAUGUAACAAUCAAGGUUGCGUCGCCCACCAUCGUCUACUGCUCAUCCGACUGCAGCCCCUGCCUCGGAGUUCGUUCUCUCGUCGAGCCACCGACACGAUCAUCGCCUCGAUGGCUAUGACGGCUAGGCACAACAGCGGAUAUGCUUUCAGCCCAACGAAACGUGUCGAGCGCCUCAUCGUGUCGACGGCGGUAGUAUCGGCUCACGCGCGGUACGAGAAAAAUCUAAACUCGUACAUUAUCAAGCAACGUGGUCGAGCCACUCCGGUGUUGGUUGGGAGCAAGUUGAGAAGGACUGUGCUACUGAAGUCGCAGCAAGACCCCAGCAGAACCCGUACUUGGUGGUCAUCCUGAUCGGUCUCGCACAGCAACAGUAGCACGCGUUGGAACUGGCAACGAGAGAGCAGAUAUCGGGAGUAAAGACAUCGUCUAAGCAGCUACGCACUUCCGACCACGGCGCUACGUGUAAAAUGCACCUACAUACGACUAGAAACACUUGAACGUAUGUCACCAUGUUUGACGACCCUAUAGGGCCCUCCCGGCAGUGGAGUAUCUCCUUCUGGUAUUUGCUUGUUCCUUCAGCGUCAGAUCUCGAAGAAAUAGAAACGUCAGACGGGAUAAAUACAAGAAUCGUGUUGACGCAACCACUUGGUCUGCAAGACAUGCAGUUAUGUUGUGAAGUGGUGCGACUAGGCACGACGGCAAAGGCAUUCUGGAUCCGGCGGGCAUGUCAGACACGGCGAAGCAUUCUAAUCGGAUUCACAUACAGAUGAUACAUAGUUGGAAUUACUUUGCAACAAUAAAAUCGGAACAUAGCGACCUCUUUCAACCUC